AUGCCAUCGUCAUCACAUCAAUCAGGACAUGAAACACUAAAUAAAGUUAUUAGUGUACCAUCAUAUGGAAGUCGAUUAAUUACAAAAUUUUCAAUGCAUUUCAACUUGUUUCAGAUGCAAAUAAUGAAAUGUCAUUGUAAAUAUUGUUUACCACGUUUCUUUUGUCAAACAGUAAAUGAAAAUGAUUUUUGUUAUUAUCGACAUUCAAUAAAACCAAAUGGUACUAAUGAUUUUGGAUGUAUUCAAAGUGAUGUUACUCGUUUUUUAUGCAAUACAACUGAUGCAAACUAUCGAACUGAAUGUUGUUCUUCAUUCUUUUGUAAUAUUAAUUAUCAAUUAUUAAAUGAAUCAAGUACAUCAUCAACAUCUACAAUUAAAUCAAUUUCAAUUGAAUCAAAUGAUACUAAUUUUUUCAGUACUAUUAUUAUCAUAGGUACUAUUUUUGCUCUUAUAUUAUUAGUAAUUAUAAUCUAUUAUUUAUAUAAACGAAAAUUUAAAACUUUUUGGUCAACAUCAUUUAAAUCAAAUAGUUUUACAGAUGAUAAAAAUAGUUUUGAAUCUCACAUAAAGAAAAAAUCUUCAAUUUUAUUUCCUAUUGAUCAUCAUUCGGAUACAAUAUCAUGGAAAUCAAAUUCAUCUGAUAAUCAUCAUCAAAUUGUACCACUUGAAACUCGUCGUGUAAAUAAAGAAAUAACAUUUCUUGAACAAUUAGGUCAAGGACGACAUGCACGUGUUCGUCUUGGUCUUAUCGGUCAACAAUAUCGAGCAAUAAAAAUGUAUGAAACAAGAUUUCAAAAUGAAUUUGAACGUGAACGAGCUAUUUUUGAAACUGAUCUUAUUCAACAUCCAAAUAUACUUGCUUUUUUCGGUGCUGAUUUUUUUGCAAAAAGUACUGAAACUUGUCAUAUGUUAAUAUUUGAAUGGCAUCCAUGCGGUACACUUUAUGAUGUUUUGAAAGAAAACAAAACUAAACAAUUUAUAACUAUUAAACAGUUAUUACAAUAUUCUAUAUCAUUAUGUGAUGGUCUUGCACAUUUACAUUCAAUUAAAUAUGGAACAAAUAGUAAGAAUCAUAAUAUAUAA